CAAACAUGGAGCAGCCCACAUGAAGAAGCAUGUGGAGUUUAUAUUCCUGCAAUAUGUUCUUUGGAGGACCAAUUUUCCAGGUCCCUGGGAGAUGAAGCAUUAACCACAUGACAUUUUUGUUUCAACAAGUGCUGUGUCAGUGUUGCUUUGUGUGAAGUACAGAUAUUCAUUUCCUCACCUCACCAUGUCGGCUGCGACAAGUGCCCUGACUCCGGCAACCCUAAGUCCUCCCCAGCUGGAGGAGAAGCCAAAGGGAAAAUCCCUGUUCCAGCUGGGCUCACUCUUUGCUAACAGGAGUGAGAAAUUUGUGAUUGCUCGCAGUGACAGUUUGCCAGAGGAGAAUGUCCUGAAAAUCACAAUCACAGAGACCACAGUCAUCGAAUCCGACCUGGGCAUCUGGAAUUCUCAUGCUCUCAUCUACCUCACUUUGUGGUUUUUCUUCAGCUUUUGCACUCUGUUCCUUAACAAAUACAUUCUGUCCUUGCUGGAGGGAGAGCCCAGCAUGCUCGGUGCUGUUCAAAUGCUUUCCACCACCUUCAUUGGCUGCAUCAAGAUGUUUGUUCCAUGCUGUCUGUACCAGCACAAAACCCGCAUCUCCUAUCCCCCCAAUUUCAUCAUGAUCAUGCUCUUUGUGGGAUUAAUGAGAUUUGCAACAGUGGUCCUGGGCCUGGUCAGCCUGAAGAAUGUGGCAGUUUCAUUUGCAGAAACUGUGAAAAGCUCUGCUCCUAUUUUCACUGUCAUCAUGUCCCGGAUGAUUUUGGGGGAAUACACUGGAUUGCCGGUGAAUCUCUCUCUGAUCCCUGUGAUGGGAGGGCUGGCUCUGUGCACUGCCACUGAAAUCAGCUUCAACAUCCUGGGCUUCUCUGCAGCUCUGUCCACCAACAUCAUGGACUGUUUGCAAAAUGUCUUUUCCAAAAAACUACUCAGUGGAGAUAAAUACAGAUUUUCAGCCCCAGAGCUUCAAUUCUACACAAGUGCUGCUGCUGUGAUUAUGCUUAUUCCAGCUUGGAUAUUUUUCAUGGACGUCCCUGUGAUUGGGAAAAGCGGGAGGAGCUUCAGCUACAACCAGGAUAUUGUCAUUCUCCUCCUGAUAGAUGGAGUCCUCUUCCACCUGCAGAGUGUCACAGCCUAUGCCUUGAUGGGGAAAAUUUCUCCUGUGACUUUCAGCGUUGCCAGCACUGUCAAACACGCCCUGUCCAUCUGGCUCAGCAUCAUCGUCUUUGGGAACAAGAUCACCAGCCUGUCAGCCGUGGGCACUGUCCUGGUCACCAUGGGGGUCCUGCUCUACAACAAGGCCAAGCAGCACCAGCAGGAGACCCUGCACAGCCUGGUCAUAGCCCCACAGUCCCUGCCAGGGCCCACUGAGGACACCGAGCCUCUGAUCUCCAAGGAUUUGGAACCCUAUGAUUAAUGUGGCUCAUUAUCCUGCCAACCAAGAGAGGGUCCAAGGAAAUCCUUCUGGAUGUGGUUUUUCCUUUGAUUCCUUUGAGUUCCUGGCAAGUCUUGCCCAGGACUUGAAGCAGGAAGGAGCUGGGAAGAAUCCAAGAAAGCCUUGGGAAUCUUAUGCCCCAAAGAGAGGACCUGGAAUGUAAAUGUGGAUUUUGUUGUCUUUUCUCGACUGGAAAUCAUGUCCAAGCUUGUGUUAGUGAAAGAAUUUUGGUGUCUUGUGGGAAAACAAUUCCUGUCUCCCUCCCCAUCCAAAUAAUGUGAAAAUGUGGCCCCACACUGAAUUCUGCUGGCAGAGGGAUGGAAUUGGUGCCUCGUGGAAAUUCCCAGUUGUUGCUCUGUAUUUCCUGCAUCCUCUGUCAUUCCUGUGUGGUGUAGAGAUGGAAGAGGUCCAAGGCAGGGAUCUUCCCACUCUGCUCUGCUCUGGGGUGGCCUCAAGGAUCUCAAGCCCUAAGGAAUUUUUGGGCCCCCGAAACCUGCCAGAGCUCUGGGAGCAUUUGGACAGCACAAGAUGGGAUUUUGGGGUGUCUGUGCAGGGCAGGAGUUGGACUGGAUGAUCCUUGUGAGUCCCCUCCAACUCAGGAUAUUCCAUCAUUCUAAGAGGGAUUAGAAUUCCCACCUUUCUCUCCCAAAAAACCAACUUUUUAGGUUUGGUUGAAGCAAACUAUGGGUAAUGAGCUCUGGUGAGCACCAACUGCUGACUACAAAUCCAGGAUUUGUAGAGGUUUUCCUCCUAAAUUGUAACGUGGGAAUAUCACAUUCCAAUGGUUUACUGACAAAACUGACAUGCAAGUGUUCACACACAUACCCUUUGUAAAUGGAGUGUUGAAUUCAAUACUUGUAGUUGCUUAGAGGUAAAAAAACACCUGAAAAUUGUGGUGAGAAAAGAAGCAGAAUAUCUGUAUUUCUAUAAGAAACCAUUUUGUUGUUUUAAUUUCAUUUUCAUGAGGAAAGAAAUUUAUGGGGUAUUUUAUAUUAUUUCUAAGAGUGCAGCAAAAGGCUGCCUUUUAGAAACUCAGGGUUAUGAGUCUGACCUGCAUGUAAAAUAUCUAAUUUCUCAUUAUGUAAAGAAAUCUCAGAGGCAUCUGUGACAGAUGGAAGGGAGGAAUAUUAACCAUAAACUGAGGCAAAUCUUUAUUUCUGCUGCUUGUAAGUUUCUUUUUUUUUAAAGGACAUUUGUUUUUGUGGUAGAUCAAAGGUUAAAAGUUAACUUUCCUUUUCAAAAUUCUGAAGAACAGACAUUUUUUUUUGGCAAAAAAAGCGCACAUGUAGCUACAAAAACAUUCACAUGGGCUUUUUGGAAACAAAACUUAAGUUAAAAUGAGUGGAUUUUAAUAAUUGCCACCCUUCUGGGAGGUUGGAGCAUGGAUAUAUAGUGGGUCUUUAUGCUAUAAAUAAUGGCUAACAGGAAGUUACCAGUGGAAUUCCUGUAAAAUUACAUUUACACUUGUGAUUACAUUUCCACACCUAAGUGGCUGCCUGGGGCAGAUUCCCCAAAGAUCUGUGGAAAGGAAAUACCAAUUUUAGCAUUCUUGUGUAUGUGACACAUCUGUGGUAUUUCAUUUUCUUUUGUAUUCCAGUCACUUUUAUAAAAGCUAUGGACUGUGGCGUGCUGCUCUGUGGGAUUUUUUGUUUGUUUUCUGCCAAAUACACUGAGAUUUUUC